AUGGGUAAUGAGGGAAAUCUGAGGAAGCGAAAGUACUGUUGGAAUAACACUACUAAGCAAAAGAGCGUGGAAGCUGGGAUCAGUGGGCUAUUCAUAACAUGCGAUAGUCAUGAAAAGCAGGCUAUUGCUGAAGCAUAUAACAUCAUCGAUCACUUGAUGGAAAAUACGAAAGCUGCAGAGCAUACCAUACACCAUUCCGAUGACGAUGGUAGUGGAGAGGAUGUGGCUGAUUCAUUGAAAAGAGUCUGUGAAGAGGUGCGAGAUAACAAGGAAAAAGUUCGGAGAUGUAAACAAAGGCCGACUGGUGUGAAAAAUUGUCUUUUUAUAACGGUUCGAGAUGCAGAUGUUGUGGAUCUCGCUGAACAAAUGGUAUCAUAUGCACAAGCAUGUAGGCAGUGCCGAUAUUUACAGCGAGUGCUACCAGUAGAAGAGACGGCUGAUGUGAAUUUGAAGAAGUUGAAUGAUAUGAUUUUGAAGUGCGUAUCUAAACACUUGAAAGCUAAAGAUGACGGUUCGUUUCCAUCAUAUGCACUGGAAUUCAAAGCUCGAAACAAUGACUCCAUUAGAAAGUCGGAUGUAUUAGAGAUGCUAGCCGAUGCAGUGAACGCAGUUGCUCCAUCUGCAAAAGUGGACCUAAGCGGUGCAAAUGUAACAUUCAUGAUUCAAGUGGUGCGGAAAACAAUGAUGAUAGGUGCGAUGCCGAAUUAUUAUGCGAAGAGAAAAUACAGUAUGCGACCUAAAGAAGAAAAGCGGGAUGAUAUUAAAGAGACCGAGAAUUCCACUGGAAAUAAUCAGGCUGCCCUGAAUAACGAAGAGGUGGGCGCGACGUGA